UACGAGGCAAAGUGGGGGGAGAAACAGACACACACGGGGCCUAGUCGCCACAUCUUUUCAUGCGAAGAAGCUGUGCCGCUAAACCACCCGUUUUUGGUUUCCCAAAACAACUCCGGCCCGGGCCUCAGUCCGCGGUCUAGAGUUUGAUAGCGGGCUGUUUGAGACGGAAGCUUGACGGUGUGUUGCUGCCAGCCACCCCCGUACCCCAGCCACCAUCAUGGGAGACAGCAGAGAUUCCCGCAGCCCAGACAGCUCGUCUGUGUCCUCCCCUCCAUCAGGACAGCGCUCACCUCCACUGGUUCCCUCAGCUGCAGCUUCCAUGACCUCCCUGCCUCCCAUCACCACCACUGGAGUCAACAGCCCCAUCAGUAGCAUCGGCUCCCCCUUUUCUGUUAUCAGCUCUUCACUGGGCUCGCCAUGCCUACCUGGCACGCCAUCGGUGGGCUACGGCCCCAUCAGCAGCCCACAGAUCAACUCAACAGUGUCCAUGUCAGGGCUCCAUGCAGUGAGCAGCUCAGAUGACGUGAAACCUCCGUUGGGCUUGAAGCAGCUGUCGUCCCACAGCCCAGGGCCAAUGCUUUCCCAGAAACGCCUUUGUUCCAUCUGCGGAGACAGAUCCUCUGGUAAGCACUACGGUGUCUACAGCUGUGAAGGCUGUAAAGGCUUCUUCAAGCGCACAGUGCGCAAAGACUUGACCUACACCUGUCGGGACAAUAAAGACUGUAUGGUGGAUAAGAGACAGAGGAACCGCUGCCAGUACUGCCGCUACCAGAAGUGCCUGGCCAUGGGCAUGAAAAGAGAAGUGGCCAAGAUGAACGACAGAUCUGUCCAAGAGGAACGGCAGAGGAACAAGGAACGAGAGGGCGAGGUGGAGUCGACUAGUGCGGUGAAUGAGGAGAUGCCAGUGGAGAAAAUAUUGGAAGCGGAGAUGGCUGUAGAGCAGAAGACAGAGCUUCAUGCAGAUGGAACUUCAGGUGGCAGCUCUCCCAACGAUCCUGUCACCAACAUCUGUCAGGCAGCAGAUAAGCAGCUCUUCACCUUGGUGGAGUGGGCUAAGAGGAUCCCUCACUUCUCUGAGCUAGCCCUGGACGACCAGGUCAUCCUGCUACGUGCAGGCUGGAAUGAACUCCUGAUUGCAUCGUUCUCCCAUCGCUCCAUCUCGGUGAAGGACGGGAUUUUAUUGGCCACUGGCCUGCAUGUUCACAGGAACAGUGCUCACAGUGCAGGUGUUGGAGCCAUCUUUGACAGGGUGCACAAUGCCGAGGUUGGGGCCAUAUUUGACAGGGUUUUGACAGAGCUUGUAAGCAAGAUGAGAGACAUGCAAAUGGACAAGACAGAGCUGGGCUGCCUUCGAGCCAUCAUCCUCUUCAACCCAGAUGCCAAGGGUUUGUCUAACCCCAGUGAGGUGGAGCUCCUGAGAGAGAGGGUGUACGCAUCGCUGGAGUCUUAUUGCAAACAGAAAUACCCUGAUCAGCAGGGCAGGUUUGCAAAGCUCCUCCUCCGGCUCCCAGCACUGCGCUCCAUUGGUCUUAAGUGCCUGGAGCACCUGUUCUUCUUUAAACUGAUUGGUGACACGCCCAUCGACACCUUCCUGAUGGAGAUGCUGGAGGCGCCUCACCAGCUCACCUAGAGGAGCCAGGUUCGGUCCAGUCAGGAUUCGAUGCACACCAGGAUUACCAACACGUCACCCCAAGUUGGGUCGCUGGCUCCUCUCAUUGGGCCUCACUUAACUGCAGCACCUGCUGGUUUUAAUGUACCGGCUCUCACACUUGUACACACACACAAAAAAAAAACCUCAAAUAUUCCCUAUCACUGGCUAAUUAUCUUCACACAUGCAGAUCUUAACUUAAAUACGAUAAUUGACAAACAACACAACUAAUACACAGAUAAUAUGGCUCUGAAUGAAGAGUAUGCUAACACACAUAGAUUUUCACCAUCUUUUCCCAUUCUCAGUUUUCCACCAUAGGGGUUACAACUCAAAGAAUAUAUCCCCUUUUUAUCACACAUAUUCAGUAAAUGUCUUAAUUUUAAGUUAGCCUUCAGUUUUCAUAUCUUCAUCUCACAGUGGGUUUUUGCUUCCGCGUAACUGGUAUACUUCCCCUGUUUUUACUUGGGUUACUUAGUUACACUGCUAGCUGCACCUCUGUAUAUUAUAUCCAUCACUAGCCGGUUAGUUAUUCAUGUAUGGUUUUAGCUUAAAAUCAGGUGCGGAGCAUUUCAAUCAACUUUGAACCAUAAAACUAAUUCACUUCGUAUUGGUCAGGAGGUGUCCUAUAAUGAACAGGCAGGCACACCCUCCCAGUGAGUUCAUCUGAUCUCAUAAACAUUUAAAUAUUUUAUGCUUUUUUUUAAUAUUCAUGCUGAAACUUGUUUGAGUUUCUAUUUUGAAGUACUGUACUCAUGAAAUGAGAGCUUUUUCCAAGGCAUUGAAAUCCAGGAAAAGGGGAGUGGGAGCACUUUGUUGAACAGACAGACUUUGUCCCUCCCACCCUGAUGCGCACAGCAGGCUUUGUAAGACAAGAAGAAUGACUUGAAUUUUUUUUUUCCUAGUUUUGAUUUCAUCCUUUUUCUCUAUUUUGGCAGUUAGUUGGCAUUCUAAACAGCUUAAGGCUCGCAGGAAGUACAGCUUCCUGCAAGACAAAAUCAUAAUUGUUUGUCUUUUAUCUCCCAUUCCCCCAAAUCCUCCCUUUGCUGGUGGUCAUUUAUGCACUUUUGUGAGUUGUAACUGUGUAAAUGUUCCUGUUUCCUAGAAAUGACCAUCUAUUCUCAGACACCUAAGAUGACCUUGAAGGUACUAUGUGUAGGGUUUUCUUGUUAUUGCAUCUUUGUCAGAUGUAGUGAUUUGUUAUGGAACAUUAUAAAUAAUUGGCUCCUUCCUGUACAGAUGCUAACCAGGUUUUGGACUUAACACUAACCACCAGUAGGAUGGUUAAAAAUAAUGGCUGGUGGCAAUUAUGUCAGACUGUCCUAAUACCCAGUCCAGCUGAAAGUCAUUAUUCUUGACGGGUUACUCUUGAAAUCUUUGAAUUAACUGUCCAUUGGCCAUGGAAGAGAAAAAAUAGUUUCUGUACUCUUUGAAUAAUUCUGUGUAUAAUUUGCCAGUUGCUGUCUGAAUUGUGUGAGGCAUUGCUUUGUAUUGGAGAUGCCACACUGUCCUCUCUGUAAAAUGAGCUGCGGAAAUCUGAAUUUUUGUGCAACACAAAAAGAAGCAGCAGCAGAGAUAUAAGACGCAAAGCUGAGCUGAAGUGACAGUGGCAAUAAUGCAACAUUUCAUUUCACCUGGUCAUCAAAUUUGGCUUAUCGGCCAAACCUUUCUAGCCCACCACUCGUGGAUGGAUCACUGGCUGCGAAUAUAGAUUGGCUAACAAUGCACCAGUGUUUGAAUUACUUGUGUCGUGUUACUGUAAUGCAAUAAUGAAAUUAGUGUCAUAUUAUGGAAAUCCUACACCUACUACCUGCAGCUUCGAAAACUUUAUUUCGUGUGUAUUGGCUCAAUGCUUGCGAAUUUUGUACAGUGGAUGUAAAUAAUACAAAAGAAAAAACACAGGAGUCAUGUAGAAACAAAGGCAUGUUCACAUUCAUGUGAAUGUGAAAUAUGUGGCUCCAACAAACAAAUUAUAAAGCUCUAUUUUUUGCUGUCGAAUCAACAUUAGACUCGCCUUUGGUGUAAGGACAUCACCAUGAAAUUGUUAUUGAGCCCAGGGCCAAACCACACCUCACUGCUGCUUUUGCACCAUUUUCUGCCAGUGUCUCCUGUUGUUCUCAGUAACUGAUUGGCCGGAUUUCAUUGACUGAUUGGCACUUGACAUUUACUGUGAUUGAAAAUUGUAGGCGACUGAACCUGAGCAUUGCAGUGAAAAGUCAAAUGCAGCUACCACAUGAUCAGGAGAUAUAUAGUAAACUAUGAAUUAAACCGUCUACACAUGCUCAAAGGUGAGCAGUACUGGGGUACACAAAGAUUUAUUACCAUUUUUGUUAGUAUUUAAAAGGAGUGUUGACGUUCUGAGGUAUAUUUAGCCUUCUAAUUAGUCACCACAUUUAAUAGCAAUUAGAAACGUACAUUUUGCAGUAUCAUUCUACAGGGAAGAGGUACAGCUGUCCUCUACCAGGUGCUAAAUAACUAAUAUGGUCUUUCAGUUUAAGACUUGCACAUGUACAUCAAUGCAAACACAGUAUGCAAGUACACAGACAAAUCAUUCUCCACUCAUUGAACAGGUCUGCAUAAGAUGUGGGUUUCCCUCUUUGAUUUUUGUUUUCCUUUUUCUUACUGAAUGACCCCUAACUUUAUUGUAGACUCCCAACUAUGGAAAAUGAACACCAGCUAAGUGCUUGGCUGUGGCUGAUAAGUCUUUGUACUUACACACAGCUAGUGUCUUUUGUAUUUUAGAAAGCGGUUAGGCUGGUAGAAGCAAUGAAAGCAGCUAGUGAAUUUUAGGGUCCACCAGCUACUUUGACCAGAAUGAGCAAUGAGCUUCCUGCCCUGUGGAUAGUCCAAAUACUUCUCAGAGAGGAUCCAUGGUCUCCUCCCCAUGUGAUGUGGACUUGGAGGCUGACAGUUAGAUGACCUGUAUGACAGGUGGUUUUGUUUAACAUGUCAGUAAGUUGGUCUAACCAUAGAGUUUGGUUUUGUGUUAGUUUUUCCUCCAUCCAUGCGUACGUAUGGCCAACUCAAUAAAGUAGUCUCCAGAUGUCCAUUCAUUUCCUCCAUGCAGAGAAAAGUCAGCCCUGCGUGCACCAAUGCUGCCUCAUGUUGGUGUUGCAAGGAAAAGCAAGUUGGUGGCAAGCACCAACAUCUGCCCACAUGCUUGUACUGUAUAUAAUGCAGUAUGUUCCCAGUGCUUUAGCAUCUUGAGUUGGUUCAGAUGAGCUUAAACUAGCGAUCUGGGAUUUUGUGGUCACCAGACUUUGAGAUUUGGGUGUGUGCUCAUCUCCGUUAGGUCAACAUCUUAGCAACUAUCUCUGCAGGAUUUUAUUUUUGGAGCUUCCUCUGUUGAAUGGUCAAGCCUGCUGCUACUGCAUCAUGCUUAUAGGUAGCGGGGGAUGGGAAUGAUUAUACAAUUACACAGUCAAGUGCUGGAGCGUUCACUGCUUUGAUCCACAUUAAACAGCACGAGUCAUCUGACUGAGCAAAUGCCAAUCUUGGUUGAUGAGUCAUCCAAAAGGCAAAAUAUACAACGUGUAUAUUCAUAUUGUGGCAAACAGUUGUCAUGCAACAUGUGCAUUACAUUUCUGGCAUUUGCACAUCUUAGCUUAGUCUGUUACAGGAGGUAAUAUUAAUUGGCAGUGAAAUUAUUUAGAAUUCCCAUCCUCCAUGUAACAGCAAUGCGUUUAAGUUUUGCCAUUUUGUUUUUUUAACAUUUUGCUAUGAGCUUAGGUCAUUUAGUGGAUGAUAAAUAGAUACAGUGAACACAUUAAAAACAAAAAAAGCUAUACAGUCAGCGCAGGUUCUGUGUGCUAAGCCACUUUAUGCUUUGUUGAUCAGUUGGCACGAGCUGGUGGUUGGGUAUUUCAGUUUUUUAGCAUUUGUUUUAGGGUAUGUGUGGCCACAUGUGUAUGCUUUUAUGCACAUGUGUAAUGAAUCUGUCUGCAGCUAUGCCUUUUGACUGGCAGAUACUAUAGCUUUGGCGGUGAUGUGCUGAGCACUGUUAAAUUGGUUUGUUGAGCAAAAUAAUCAAAGGAUGCACAGAGGAAAAGGGGCCAAGUUGGAGGGGUGAUUCACUGGCGUGUUGAUGUGAUGCUUUAUCAACGCAACCCAGCCUCCUCGCUUUCUCCACUUUGCCCCAUCUCCACUGCUUUACUUUAAACUUAACAAAUGCUUAUUCACUCACCCACGUGGGCUGAAAUUGACUGGGCUUUGCGUUGGAGUAGACUUGUAAAAUAAACCUAUGAUUCUUGGACUGUUUGAAAAGGAUGUGAAGCUUUUCGUGGGACAAGCAUUGGAGAGCUGUAAGGAAGGGGUUCAGCGCAGUGUGUCCCUCUUUGCUUACUUUACUUGACGGCAGAGCAGCAGCGAUCCACGGCCGCCAUGGGAGACCGCCGGAUCGCACCGCACCGCCCACAAAUGUUUGUCGUUGCAACCGUGUGCACUCAAGGCAGACGCAUGCUGUGACCUUUUGACUGUGUAGCAGUAUUGUUGUCGCCACCUUUGUUACAUUUUGAAAAUGACUCGCUUUUUGAAAAUAAAGACAUUUUUUUGAAAUGGAUCGCAGGCUGUGACUGAAGAAUUGAUCAUCGUGUAUAGAUUAGAUAUCAGGGCGGUGUUUUUACCUAUUGACACAGGCCCCCCUGGAGCCAAGGCCCAUCCCAUUAGGAUCAAUGAGGCAGUGUGUGCUAUGCAGCCUUGAAACCACCACCCUCACUGGUUUAUUUAUCACUGCCAAGUUGUUUGCGGAUGUGGCUGUUUUUAAAUGCAGGGCCACUCAGUCCCCAGCGCUUGUUUGUCAUGUAUGUUGUGAUUAUUGUGCAGCACACUAAAGAGUGUGCUCCAACCUUGGCCUGUGUAGUGCAUACUAAAGAGGGGCCCUUAUAGGAAUGGAAUGACAGCUCGUGUGGAGAGGGGAGGACUGGUCACUGGAGAGAGAAGUAGACCAGUGUGUGGCCCCCUCUUGGUGCUCAAGCUGUGCAUUGGUGCUUUUUUAUAGGGUCCCCCUGACCCUUAACAUGUCUGCUUUGGUUUCCAAGACACAGUGAAAUGCAUAUACGAGUGAAAUGCGAAUAAGGAAUGAGUUAACAGACCUGCUCUUUUUCAGUUGCAUUUGUUUGGUUGUUUUCUGCAACCAGGUCCACUGCAACCUGUUGUGUGUUUACUGAGUCAUAUGUUGCUGUAGCUGGAUCCUACCAGCAAUAAAAAACAAAGCCUUCAGAAUCUGUUUUAGGUUAUGAGGGAGAAAUGGUGGCUCUAAUUGUAGACACAGUGCAAAGGCCGAUAGUAUCCACACACCUGGUUUGCAGGAGACACCUCUGAGCAGGACCUGGUUACACUGAAUGAACUUGAUGGGAGGGAUCAACUGAAUACAAUUGCUCUCUUUAAGGAUGUUGUUGUUGGUGUUUACGGUUGGAGGAAUUGUGAAGGGAGAGAGAAAGAGGGAAGAAAAGAAGGACAGGGACUUAAAGAACUCGGAUCAGGUGUUAGUAUGUCGAUCAAGAAUAAAAACAGAAAACCUAUUUUCCGGUAGAUCUAGAAUCUUCCUUAAUUGUUUACUCUUCAUUAUACAGAAAUUCACACACUGUUUUCUUUGUCUUGUUUCCUGUCUCCCUCUUCUCUGACUAUGCUAUUCAUCUUUUGUUUAUUACAAAGUAUUAAACAAAUACAAGAACUGUAAAAUCAGAAUGGAAUCUGUCACUCUUAUUUUUAAUUUUUUCUCUCUUUCUCUUGUGUCUGUUCUUUGUCCUGUUUGUAUCCUACUCCAUCGUACACAUGGAGCUGAUUGACUAUUGUGUGCUUCGGGGAUUGAAAGAAGAAAAAAAAAAUAUGAAUAAUUUUUUCAGUCAUUAAUUCUGAACCUUGUUUCUGUUUGUUGUAUCAUGUCCGAGUAAAGGUUUUAAUACUGUA